AUGGGGCAUCCCGUAACAGUGUUCGACGCCUUCAGCAGCCAGUUUAAGUACAUCUUCGGCGUUCGCUCACUCAAUUUUCUGGGUCACCUGGUCGACACCAACAGCAUCCAUCCUCUCUCUUCAAAAACUGCAACGAUUUUAGACAGGGUGAACGUCUACAGUCGGGUCUUCCCUAACUGUGCCGACACCAUUUUCCUGCUGAAGGCUCUCUUCUCGGGUGCCAAAUGGUCUUCCGAGCUAUCCGCAGACACCCUUGCUGUUUUUGGGAAGACCAAGAUUGCCCCGACCGAUACCACACUCCUGAGGCAUUAA